GGGCUGGGGUGGUGUUUGCUUUUUUAUUCUUCUUAUAUUUGAAAAUAAAAAUUGCAUACAUUACGCGUACAAUGAGUGUUAUAAAUAUAGAUCUUUCUUCCGUACUACCCGUUAACAAUAUCUAAAAAUAGAUUUUACGCAUUCAAGCAUAUUAAGUGGUACUAUAUCGAUUAUCGGAUAUUAGAACGGCCAUCGAUUGUAUGUACAUACAUGUAAAUUAAAAGCAGUAAUAUAGAUAAAGCUUUAGCUAAAAUAGAGCAAUAGGAGUUUAAUCACAGUUAACUUGGACUUUAAAAAAAGACCUUCGGAGAUAUGGCGGAUUACGAUUUACUAUUCAAAAUUUUGGUAAUUGGUGAUGAGAACACGGGGAAAUCAGCUCUGCUACUGAGAUACGCUGAUGAUACUUUCAGUGACUCCUACAUUGCCACCAUAGGUGUGGACUUCCGUGUGAAAACUAUAGAGCUUCAUGGUAAAACAGUUAAACUACAAAUUUGGGACACAGCCGGUCAAGAGAGGUUCCGAACUAUUACCACUAGUUACUACCGAGGGACACAGGGUGUGAUAAUUGUUUUUGACGUCACAGAUCGGUCCACUUUUAGAAGAGUUGAAAGUUGGGUGACUGAUAUUGAGAAAUAUGGCUCUGAUGAUGUGGAGAAAUUGCUUGUUGGAAAUAAAUGUGAUCUUACUUCGAAAAGAUGUGUCACAGAACAAGAGGCCAAGUCACUUGCACUAAUAAACAACAUGGACUAUGUAGAGACCUCCGCAAAAGAAAAUAUCAACGUUGAAAAAGCCUUUGAAACACUCUGUAAAGAAAUGUUCACUAAAAUAUCUCAACAGCAAACCAUUGAUCAUGCAGUUAGUGUUACCCCAGCCCGAGUAGAUGAUUCAGGUAAACAGCAAGUAGAAACUAGUGCUGAAUUAGGAGAGGAGGAUAUUCCGGAUUGGGUCAAGGAGCUAUUCAAAGAGAUGAGUGGACUCAAAGAGCAACUCAAAGUUGUUAAUAAACUUAACGACACCGUAGAAACGCUGUGCAAAAAGGUCGAAGUACUUGAAACAAAAGUAAACAGAAUGGAAACUAGAAAAAUUGACUUCAAAGAAGCUCAGUCAAGAAGCUCUAAAAAGUGAUGAAUAUAAUAAUGUUUUUAUCUUUAUGCUGACAUAUGUCUUCUACUUUGAAUAAUUACUAUUAUUUUAAUAAAACAAAAAAAAGGUUGGUUCUACUUUUGGCAUUUCGGUCCUUUUUUUAGAUAGGAGUCUUUUAAGAUGAAUAAAAACUUGUUUUUUAUAUUGUAUCCAAGCUGUUGUUGAUAUUUGAAUAACAUGCUGCUUGUAUAUUAAGGUAGAUGACAUAAUUUGUUUUUGAGAUCUGUUUUCGAAAUUUUAUUUAUCAUGUUAUUUUGUUAUCUAUUUUUAUUUAAUUUUUUUACUUUUUAUGGGGUGGGUCCAAUAUUUCUUGUGUUUAUUAUUUUAAUUUUUGUAUCUAAUUCUGUUGAAAACGUAGAUAAAACAUAUAAAUAAAGGUAUUAAUAAUAAAGAUUUAUCGGCCUUUUCUAAAUACUGAAGAGAACAUAAAAGCGAAUACAAAAGAAAAAUAACACAAUUUAGAAAAUAAGUUGUUCUGAACAAUUCAAUGUUAUCAAUAAUAGAUAUGACAAAGCAAAGCUUCUUUACUUUAUUCAAUCAAAAUAACAGAAAACAUUAAUCUUAGUCAUAUUUGCAUUUAGCAUAAUUGUCAAGCGAAAACAUAUACGGUUACAGACGUUAAAAACUUUCAUUGUUAAACAUAAAUUGUAUGACUGCAUACAUGUUGCCAGUUGACUUUACUUGGGAGCAAAUCAUUUUGUAUAAUUGUGCAAUAUUACUCACAUCAGCAGAUAUCUGCACAUUCGUAAUUAAAUACCAUGUUAUUCAAGGGCUAGAAAAUGCAAGCACAGGACACAUCAAAGAGAUAGCUUAAGGCAUGCCGGUGGAUCCUCACUCGCUCGCUAAGGUCUUACUCCACCAGUAAAGUUGGAAAGUUACAAUGCUCAAAAAAGAGACGGUUGUAAAAUAGUUUUGGUACUUUAAAAAUAGAAGGUAUUUAAUAAAUACUAAUAAAAUAAUAGAAGUC